AUGCGUAACACUGUCACAGCCUUAUUAACUCGCGAGCGAAAUGUUUCCAGUACAGACGAAAACACUUCCCGCCUCUAGAAACCCCUAAUUUUGACUGAUCAGAGGAUUUAUCCGAUGGACUCCGGAGAGAGCAGUGAUGAAAGUCCGGUAGUAGCUAAGAAAGGCAAAUCGAAAACUCCUCGGAAACCUAAAACUAGUGUUCUUAAACAGAAAUCUCCUGCCGAGUUCUUUGCGGAGAAUAAGAACAUUGCUGGGUUUGACAACCCUGGGAAAUCCCUUUACACUACAGUGAGAGAACUUGUUGAAAAUGCACUUGAUUCUGCAGAGUCCAUUGCAGAGCUUCCAUUAGUUGAAGUAACAAUUGAGGAGAUUAACAGAAGCAAAUUCAAUUCCAUGAUUGGUCUUAUUGAUCGGGAGCGAAUUGAUGAGGCACUAUAUGGUGAUUUUGAGACAGUCAAGGCUCGUGAGAAACGGCUUGCCAAAGAAGCUCGUUUCCAAGAAAUCCAGGCCAAAAAUUCAGCCCUUGGGAAGAAAGUUAAAGAACCAACUGCUGCAAAGGGCAUGAAGGGUCGAGGUGAGGCCUCAUUUUACAGGGUGACUUGUAAGGAUAAUGGAAGAGGAAUGCCUCAUGAUGAUAUCCCAAAUAUGUUUGGACGAGUUUUAUCUGGGACAAAGUAUGGGCUGAAGCAAACACGUGGAAAAUUCGGACUUGGUGCAAAAAUGGCAUUAAUUUGGUCAAAGAUGAGUACAGGACUACCUAUAGAGAUAUCAUCAUCAAUGAAGAAUCAAAAUUACACUACAUUCUGCAGGCUGGAUAUAGACAUUCAUAGAAACAUUCCCCAUAUCCAUUUACACGAGAAGAGAGAUGACAAAGAUCAAUGGCAUGGAGCUGAGAUCCAAGUUGUAAUCGAGGGAAACUGGACAACAUAUCGUUCUAAGAUAUUGCAUUAUAUGCGUCAAAUGGCUGUUAUUACUCCAUAUGCCCAAUUCAUGUUUCGAUUUGUCGCAGACACACCAGAUAAAAACGUGAGCAUAAGGUUUGCAAGAAGGACAGAUGUAAUGCCUGCAGUUCCUCUUGAAACAAAGUACCACCCAUCAGCUGUGGAUUUGCUUCUGAUCAAACGCCUGAUUGGUGAAACUUCAAAGCAGAAUCUUUUGCAAUUUCUUCAGCAUGAAUUUGUUAACAUUGGGAAGGCACAUGCUGAACGAUUAAUCGGGGAAAUGGGUCCGGAUUUCAGCUCCAAAACACAAGUCAACUCAUUGACUUCACAACAGAUUGUCCGCAUGCAUCAGUUGUUUCGACAAGCCAAGUUUGAUGAUCCUAGUGGUGAUUGUCUUAGUCCUGCAGGAGAGUACAACCUUCGCCUGGGUAUAAUAAAGGAACUUCAGCCAGAAAUGGUUGCAACAUAUACUGCAAGUGCUCAAGUAUUUGAAGGACACCCAUUCAUUGUAGAAGCUGGAGUUAGUCUAGGAGGAAAAGAUGUCAAGCAAGGUUUAAAUAUCUUCCGGUUUGCAAAUCGUAUUCCACUGCUGUUUGAGCAAGGUGCUGAUGUUGUCACAAGAACUGCCAUGAAGAGAAUCAAUUGGAAUAUUUACAAAAUUAAUCAGACACAGGAUAAGAUCGGGGUUUUUGUUAGCAUUGUAAGCACAAAAAUUCCAUUCAAAGGGACUGGAAAGGAAUAUAUUGGAGAUGACAUAAGCGAGAUUGCUAAUGCUGUCAAGACUUCUCUUAAACAAUGUUGCGUCCAGCUAAAGUCAAAAAUAGUGAAGAAAAUUCAGGCUCGUGAGCAGCAAGAGAGAAAAAGAAAUUUAAGCAGGUACAUUAAUGAUGCUACGGGUGCUAUAUAUGGAAUACUGAAGGAGGCAUCACAGUUGCAUGGAAAUGCAAAUAAGAAGAAACGCACAGAGUUAAAGGAUGAAGAUGCUCAACUUCUUCAGAAGGUCUCAGAUCGUGUGAUCACAAAAGAGAUCCUAAGUGAAAAGCUUGCUCAGCAUGUUGAACAGGUGGAUUAUGAGAUGGCAAUGGAGUAUGCGACACAAAGUGGAGUGAGGGAAGAACCGAGAGAAAAUAUAUACUUACAACCACUUGAGCCUCAAAACAACUUCAUAGACUUCCAGACUCCUGUCUUUGUCUUCAGGCUCUUUCACUAGGUAUUCAACCAAUCCAUAUAAUUUAAUUUGGAGUAUUCUUAUUUUCUUCACAUUGUUGUAUUGUAUUAAAUAAGCAACUAACAAAGUUUGAAUAUAAAUUAUUUGAUGGGAUUUAUCAUUUAUAAUAGAUUGUGUUUUUAUAUACA